UCUUAUAAAUAGAAGAAGUUAGCAAGAAGGAUAUACAAAUAAUCAUCAAAACAAAUUAGAGUCCCUAAAGAUGAAGACCAUAUUAAUAUUACUCUUUCUCUCCCUUGCAAUAAUCCUUCCCUUGUCAGCCUUGGCAACUUGCGCCACCACUGACACUCUCGACAACCAACUAUUGAUAAAUGUACUCGAUACUAAUGGUAAUCCCCUCAACAAAAGCAGUAGGUACUGGAUAACUCCGGUCUACUACACUAUGAACGGUGGAGGCGUACCUGUUGUUAAUCUUGGUAGUGAUCUACAACAAACCACUAUGUGUCCUACAUCUGUAGUUCAAUCUCUCUCCCCUACAGACAAUGGUAUCGCGGUUUAUUUUACACCUAAGAAUCCUAAAUAUGAAAAGAUUGUUGUGUCCACUCCGUUAAACAUCCAGUUCUAUUUUGAUUAUCCUUUGUGUAGGAACCUAACCGUGUGGAAGGUUGACAACCUUGUAACGGAAUUGCCACACACCAUAAGCACAGGUGCAAAGUUGGGAAAUCCCAACGAUUUGAGCAGUUGGUUCCAAAUUAAGCCUCUAGGUAGAAAUUAUAAGCUAGUGUUCUGUCUCGAAGGCACUACUUAUUGCCAAAACAUUGGAAUCGUCCCCCAAAGUGGAUAUCAUCGUUUGGUCCUCUCAAAGAACCCAAAGCCCUUUGUGUUCAAACUGGAUGAUAGAAUUGGAAUGGCCGCCGAAGCAUGAUCGUCAUGUUAUGCCUACAAACAUAAGGGACCGACUCGAAAAGCUCCGAAGCAAACUGGAGCUCACCAACAAUAGCUGUAUGACCU